AUGCCCAUCGAAAAGUUAUCUUCCGCUCUGGAUGCCAUCAUCGACGGUGACGCACCCAUUGAAGAACACGGCUCCGGAUUCGGUGGCGGCGAGGGGCCGGCCGAAGGACCGCUGUGGUGGAGCGACGGCGGGUAUCUGCUGUUCAGCGACAUCCACAACAACCGGCGCAUGCGCUACACCCCCGGCUCUGGCGUAACCGUGGAAGCCGAGCCGGUGAACCGGCACAACGGGCUGACCCGCGACCAGCAGGGCCGGCUGAUCGCCGCGGAGCACGACGGGCGGCGGAUCAGCCGGCUGGAGGCCGACGGGUCAACCACCGUGCUGGCCAACCAGUUCCAGGGUCGGCAGUUGAACCGGCCCAACGACGUGGUGGUCAAAACCAUCUCCGGCGUGUACCGCCUGUCGGCCGACCUGGGGACGCUGACCCUGCUGGUGGCUGACUUCGUGGUGCCGAACGGGCUGGCCUUCAAUCCGGAUGAAACCGUGCUGUACGUCAACGACUCCCGCCGUGGCAUCAUCCGCGCCUUCGACGUGCAGGAUGACGGCACGGUGUCGCUGGCCACCCAACGCCUGUUUGCCGACAUGCGCGGCGAGCGGGAGGGCGUGCCGGACGGCAUGAAGGUGGACACCGAGGGCAACGUCUACUGCGGCGGCGCGGGCGGUUUGCACAUCAUGAAUGCCGGCGGCGAGACCCUGGGCAUCGUGGUGCAUGGUCAGCCGGCGACGACGAACCUGUGCUUCGGCGGGGACGACUGGAAGACGCUGUAUUUCACCAGCCGGAACACCGUGGGCAGCACGCCGAUCAAGGUCGCGGGAAUUCCGGUGCCGGCGAAGUAA